AUGAAAGUACUCCAGAAUUUUCAGCUAUCCAGCACGUCAUCGUCAUGCUUGCCGUCGCCGUUACCCGCCUCGUUGUCAGCGUCAUUAUCGUCGACAUCGUUCUCAUCGCCCGCCACCCCACUUGCCUCAUCUGCCACCACGAUUAUCAAUCCGAACACGUCGCGUUCUCUGCCGAUCCCACAACCGCUCUAUCCUCAACUAUCCACCCAUAUCACACCGUCCUCUUCAUCCUCUUUGUCCCUGUCACCUUCAUCGCUAACGUCACCGUCAAAUAACAGCUCGAAUAUUAUCUCCUCGCUCGAGCAGGCACACUCGUUGAAUACUAAUCUGUUAACGUCGUUCGUUAAGGAAGAAAAUGAUGUCAACAAAACGAAUGAAACUCGUAGGCAACAACGUUCAUCGCAGAAAUUAUGCGAUCCACUCAGGAAUGCAAUCUUCAAUGAGCACCAUUCAACCGCUACCUCAAGCGUAGAACAGUCGAGACGUUUGCAAGCAAAUUUGGCGGGUGGCGAUUCUAAUGAACAUCUUUCUCGCAAACGUUCACCAAGAUCUGCUGCUGCCGACAGUACAAUUGAGCCGGUGGAAAGGAAGCGAAUCUUGCAUUUGAAUGCUGAACAAAAUAGGCGUUGUGCUUUGAAAGAUGGCUUUGAACAAUUGUUGGGUCUGUUGCCGAAUGUUUAUGCGGCUGGAACGAAACCAACGAAUGCGGUUGUGCUGGCAAAAGGUGCCGAAAGGAUACGUGAUUUAAAGACAUCAAUUAACCGCAAUAACGAAAAAGUCGAUGAAUUGCGACAACAAAUACAACGUCUUAACGAUAAAAUCGCUUCCCUACAAGCCUCAUUACCUUCGUCAUCACGCGGCACCACCACAACAAUCAGUCAACGCACAUUGGUGGAGCAGUUUUUUGAGCGAUACGUGAAGGAUCGUUCCAGACAAGAUUUCAGAUUUUGGCUGAUGACGAAGAUGAUGCGUCCUUUGAUGGAGUCUUUAUGGGAAUGUAUCAGUGAGAAUGGAGCGUGUCGUGAAGAUGUCGUAUCGUCUGCAAACGAAUGGUUAACUAAUAAUUGGCAUCCGUCAUCAAUGCGCCCGCUCGCAUCAAAAAUGCUCAUUUAUUUAGCCACCAAUACGGCCAUGUUAACAAAUCCAUCGUCACUCCAAGAACAUAUUCAAAAAGAAAUCAGCAAACAAUAA